ACCUAAAGACAACGAGACGAGGUCCACACUAAUGUACAAAUACAUCGUCCACGAAGAUUCAGUGCCCCUUAACAACAAUAAUGUCAUUCAGGAGGACACAUAUGAGUGGGCACUCAAGAGCUGGUCCCAGUGUUCAAGACCUUGUGCUGGAGGAUUCCAAUACACCAAAUAUGGGUGUCGUAAGAAAGGUGACAACAAAAUGGUGCACAGAGGCUACUGUGACAUCAACAAGAAACCCAAACCUAUUCGAAGAAUGUGUAACUUACAGGACUGCACACAACCACAAUUUCAUUUGUCUUCUGACAGAUGGAUCACAGAGGAGUGGGAACAUUGUACUAAAACCUGUGGGAGCUUGGGAUACCAAAUCCGCACCGUGCGCUGUGUCCAGUUCCUUCAUGAAGGCACAAACCGCUCCAUCCACAGCAAGUAUUGCAGCGGGGAAAAGCCUGAGAUCAGGAGGCCAUGUAACAGAGUGCCCUGCCCUGCCCAAUGGGGAACCGAGGCCUGGUCAGAGUGCUCGGUGUCCUGUGGAGAGGGUGUGGUACGACGUCUGGUCACAUGUCGCAUUGGAGAUCAAUGCACCGGUGAGAAGCCUGAGUCACACAGGCCCUGCAGGCCAGGACCCUGCCAUGAUGAGCCAUGCGGAGGAGACAAGUCCAUAUUCUGUCAGAUGGAGGUUCUGGCUCGUUAUUGCCCGAUACCAGGUUACAACAAGCUCUGCUGUGAAUCCUGCAGUAAGCGAAGUGGCACUUUUGCUCCUCUUCUGCACGAAGCUGCUAAGACGCAGGAGGAACUUCGCUUUGGUUCAGCCUCCCAACUUCUGGAGACACUCUCAGCCUCUGUAAAUGGAACUCUGAAAGUCCCUCAGCAGCACCAGCGGGGAUCCUCGUCACAAGGCCAAUUUGCCAAGCAGACCGCCACUCCCCCGCCUCGCAAAUCCAAUACCGAGAACAGCAAGACUCAAAAGCGCCUGAAACCCGGUGCAAGGAAUCUGCCUGCAAUGACGAUCCAUAGCUUGUGGAACAAGGACGCCGCUAAAGAUGCACCAUGGCAGCUGGAAAGUUUCCAAGAGAGUCAGUGGCCGACAGCAUCAUCCGAGGUGGAGAGAUGAAGGCUAGUUUGUCUCUUUCUUCCUCUGGACUCUCUCUUAUUUGUUUGUUGUAGACAUUAGACAUAACAUUCAUCUUUCCCUUCACAUCCUCCUCAAUAUAUU